AUGUCAUUGUGUUCCUAUCUAUCUAUCUAUCUAUCUAUCUAUCUAUCUAUCUAUCUAUCUAUCUAUCUGUCAUUCUGUUCCUAUCUAUCUAUCUCAUUCUUCCCAUGUGUUUCGAUGCACAUAUUUCUGUAUCUAUGUACCUACAUUACAAUUUAUUCAUUCCUGUCUUCAAUUCUUCCUUUCUUUCUUUCAUUCUUUUUCCUUUGUAACUUUCACCCUUUUCUUUUAUUUUCUUUCUCCCCCUUUCAUUUUUUUCUUUUUUUCUUUUUUAAACUUUCUCACUUUUCUUUCGUUCUUUUUCCCGUUUUUGCAUUUCUUGUUUCAUUUUCUUUUUUAUCCCUUUUCUUUCGUUCUUCUUUCAUUUUUAUUAUCUCUCUCUUUCUUUCGUUAAUAUUUUUCUCUCUUUCUUUCUUUCUUCCUUUAUAUCUUCCUUUCUUUCGUUUGAUGUAUUCUUUGUUUCUUUUGCUUCCUCUCUUUUUAUCUUUCUCACUUUUCUUUCUUUUUCUUCCUCCUUCACCCUAUUUCUUUCUAUUCAUUUUCUUUCUUUCCAUUUUUCUUUCUUUCUUUCUUUGUCUUUUUCUUUCAUUCAGUUUCUAUUUGUUUCUUUUCUCCUUUCUUUCAUCUUCUUUCUCUCUCGUUUUCCCCUCUCUCGUUUUCUCCUUGUUUCUUUUUUCCUUCUAUUCUUUCUUUUUUUAUUUUAUGUCUUUCUUAUCUUUACUUUUCUUCUUUCUUUCUUUCUUUCUUUCUUUCUUUCUUUUAUUACUUUUAUUAUCAACGUCCUUCGUGCCGAACCAGACGUCCCUCCCAGCGAGUAUUUUCUUUUCUUCUAAUAUUUUUCGUUUUACAUUCUUUUCUCUUCAUUUCUCCUUCAUAAAAUUUCUUUCUUUUUGUUUUGUUUGA